AUGUUGAAAUCGACAAAACACUGUUUGGUCACUAGGGCUAUUAAUUGUAGUCGUGUUUUCUCUACAGUUGAGAUCUUGUAUAAACCUGCUUAUUCUCCAGUUGAGAGCUUCAGCCCACAAGUCCUGGAUUCUUCUCAUUGCAAAGUUAAAGACCAUUUUACAAAGACUCCAAUAGGUAAAGAAGCCCAAUAUUUGUUCCAUAAUAAGAAAAUCAAGAAGGCUACAAGACUCUCGGUGUCAAACCAAGCUGUUGAAUGUCAUUUAGAGUCAUUCAAUUUACUGAACUCGCCUCUUUUCAAUAAAGGGUCUGCAUUCACUCAAGAGGAAAGAGAGGCUUUCAAACUAGAUGCAUUGUUACCGCCACAAAUUAACACACUGGAGGAACAAGUAGAAAGAGCCUAUAAACAACUAUGCAGAUUUAAAACACCACUGGCUAAAAAUGAUUUCAUGACUUCAAUGAGGGUUCAGAAUAAAGUAUUAUAUUUUGCUUUGAUCAAAGAACAUAUUAAAGAAUUAGUGCCAAUCAUUUAUACUCCAACAGAAGGUGACGCUAUUGCGGCGUAUUCUCAUAGAUUUAGAAAACCAGAAGGUAUUUUCUUGGAUAUCACUGAUCCAGACUCAAUAGAGAGAAGACUAUCUCUUUACGGAGAAGACAAAGACGUGGACUACAUUGUAGUUACUGAUUCGGAAGGGAUUUUAGGUAUUGGUGAUCAGGGUGUCGGUGGUAUUAGAAUCGCGGUGUCCAAAUUGGCUUUAAUGACUCUAUGUGGUGGCAUUCAUCCAGGUCGUGUCUUACCUGUUUGUCUAGAUGUUGGAACAAAUAACAAACGACUGGCUAGAGACGAAUUGUAUAUGGGAAACAGAUUUUCAAGAAUUAGAGGCAAACAAUAUGAUGAGUUUGUUGAGAAAUUCAUACAAGCCGUCAAAAAACGUUUCCCAUCUGCCAUCUUGCAUUUUGAAGACUUUGGUGUCACAAACGCAAGAAGGUUACUAAAUAGAUAUAAAAAUGAGUUGCCUUGCUUCAAUGACGAUAUUCAAGGUACAGGCGCUGUCGUGAUGGCAUCGCUUAUUGCAGCAUUGAGGCAUACCAAUAGAACUCUAGAUGCUUCCAAAAUAUUAAUAUUUGGUGCAGGUUCUGCCGGUUUAGGUAUUGCUGAUCAAAUUGUUAAUAAUUUAGUAGCAGAUGGGAUGUCAAAAGAAGUGGCUAGAUCCAAAAUUUACCUAAUGGAUAGACGAGGUUUGAUAUUAAAGAGUAUGGAGGAUGUAUCCUCGCCUAGUCAAUAUCUUUUUGCUAAAGAUGACGAACUAGCUAGUUCGUUCGAUUCAGAAUCGUUACAGGAGGUCAUUUCUAUGGUCAAACCUACUUGUUUGAUAGGUUGUUCGACCCAGGCUGGUGCCUUCAAUAAAGUUGUAAUAAAAGAGAUGUACAAACAUAAUCCUCGACCAAUUAUAUUCCCAUUGUCCAAUCCAACUAGAUUGCAUGAGGCGGUUCCUGAAGAUUUAUUAAAAUGGACGGACUUCAACGCGUUAGUGGCCACUGGUUCACCUUUCCCACCUGUUGAAGGGUAUAGAAUAUCUGAAAAUAAUAAUUGUUUCUCAUUCCCUGGUAUUGGGUUAGGCGCAGUACUAUCUCGUGCUACUGUAAUUUCUGAUAAGAUGAUUGCUGCAGCAGUUCAUCAGUUGGCAUCAUUGUCUCCAUUAAAGGAUGGGGAUUCCAGACCAGGUUUAUUACCCUCGAUGACUGAAAUCAAUGACACAUCAUCUAGAGUGGCGACUGCUGUCAUUUUACAAGCGAUCGAAGAAGGUGUAGCCAGAAUUGAAAAUGAAACGAUACCGGGCUCUAAACAUGAAGAAAAAGUGAAUGUUCCUAGAGACUUCGAUGGUUGUUUGGAGUGGGUUCGCGAACAGAUGUGGAAGCCUGAAUACAAACCAAUGGUGAAGGUUGUCCAUGAUCCCACAAUCCAUACCCAUCAACUCUAA